CAUUCUCGUGAACGCGCAUCCCGAUCCUUACGUCACUGAAGCGCCCUGGCUCGGGAUCUACUGGUAGUGCUGGCAAUAGAGGAGAAAAUAUCAACUGCUCCGAAAAGAGGCAUUUUCUAUCGGUUGUAACGGUUCCUCAACGGAUAACGGUUCUAUCUGACGCCGGAUACGGAUAAUUGACAUAACUGGACUAACCGAAUUUAUGAGAAGAAGAUCAUUGCCUCAUCCCAGGACCCAUGGACUAAAUGGAUGUUAAAACCACCUUUCUCGCCAAGUUUACCACUCAUCAUAGUCCAAUCAUCAUAGUCCAAUCAUCCAGGAAAUGUAGGAUCUUUGAACAUGAACAAUCUGUUCCUCUCCUUCAGCUGAGACAGACUGCCAGUCAGUAACCACAUAGUGUAACACUCUCUGUAUCAGGGCACUGUAGUCCACAUCUUUUGGAGGAUCACUUAGUCUCAGUAUCUCACCUUUAACCCCUCACCCCCAGCCCUUAACCCCUGACCCCUAACCAUGUACGGCAGCUCCCGCUCCGUUACCAAGAUGGAGGGCAACAAUGGCAGCAGUCAGAGUCCCGGUCGCUCCCCCUGCCUGCCCCGCUCCCCGCGCCUCGGCCACCGUCGCACCAACAGUACAGGAGGCCCCGGGGGAAAGACCCUCUCCAUGGAGAACAUCCAGUCUCUGAACGCGGCCUAUGCCGCCUCCGGACCCAUGUACCUCAGUGACAACGAGGUCAUCUCUCAACAGACCCAGGCCUAUCCCAACCCCAACCACGACCCUAGCCUGCCCAAGAGCACCAUGACCCUGGGUCGCUCCGGAGCAAAGCUCCCUUACGGCGUCCGGACAACCGCCAUGGGCUCCAACCCCAACAUCAGCCAGGGAGGUGGAGGCUCGUCCAUGCCCAGUGACAGCAUCGCGUUUGGGUGUGACCACGUGUCCUCGUCCCAGUCCAGCCUCCAGCAGGCAUCCACGGUGCCUCACUCUUUACGCCAAACCAGAGACAACACCAUCAUGGACCUCCAGACCCAGCUGAAGGAGGUGCUGAGGGAGAACGAGCUCCUCCGGGGGGAGGUGGAUGUGAAGGAGAGCAAGCUGAGCUCUUCCAUGAACUCCAUCAAGACAUUCUGGAGCCCCGAGCUGAAGAAGGAGAGAGCUCUGAGGAAGGACGAGGUGUCCAAGAUCUCUGUCUGGAAGGAGCAGUACAGAGCGGUACAGGACGAGACUCAGCUCACAGUCAGCCAGAGAUCUGCCUUCCGCCUCAGAUGUUUCCCCUCCGGCUGUGUGAGCGUGUGA